AUGGCGGGUCCGAGCAUAAGCGCCUCAAAUAACUCAGCCUCUAAGAAUGGAACCGACAUUUGGGCUCCUGUUUACGGUUGGGUCGACGAUGGCAGGGACCGAGGAACCAUCGACAUUCUGUGGUCCAGCAUCAUUACCAUAGUGCUUUGCAUUUGGGUUUCCACGCAUCCUAAUGCUCUAGCGCCCAAAGACAAAUGGUAUCAUGGCUUCAUUGACAAGUUUAAUCUUGCUAUGAUUGGGCUCCUCGGUCCUGAUUUUCUAUUUGGCAUUGCCGUUGGACAACUUGCCAACGCUGGCAGAAGCGUAAAACAAUUCAAAGCCGAGCCACGAUUGUCCGGAGGUCUGAAAUGGACGUACACGCAUGCCUUGUUUGUUGACAUGGGAGGUAUUCACCUCAAAAGCCCAGACUACCCAGAAGGUUUCCCAAUCAAUGCGGAACAAUUGUUCUACCUCGUCAAACAUGGAUUUGUCGAGUUUCCUGACAUGGACUCAAUGGAUAUUAAAGAACGCAACAGCGUAGAUACUCUAUCCAGAUUCAUCACAUUGUGGCAAGCAUUAUUCUUUUUCAUUACGGAGAUGGACCGUAUCAAAAACGGCUUGCCUAUUACCCCCCUAGAACUGACCGCCCUGUCGUUCACCUUUGCGAUGUUUGCAACCUCGAUUUGUUGGUAUUUGAAGCCUUCCAUAUCAUAUCCUCGGUUCAUUGAAACAAAGUUUUGCAAUGAACGCCAGACCAAAAUCGAAGAUAUUAGAAAAUUCGCUGCAACAAGGACACACGUUGGGCUCGCCGAGAAGUGGUACCGCACUCCUUUGGAUUUUAUCAGUCGCCGGGAGUUUCGGAUCGACACUCACUGGGCGUACUACAAAAGAAUUUCUGAAAUAGUGGGCGUCAACUUGUACGGGCGACCCAUUAAGCAGCACUUGUGGGACCGUUUCCCAUCCGACAUUUGGUUUCCCAUUGGUUCCACCACGUUGCCGUUAAGCCUCUUCCUCAUCACUGGCUUCAGCGCCUCCUUCAUGUUUGGAUGGAACUUCUACUUCCCAACUGCCACCGAGCAGCUGACGUGGAGAAUAUUCAGCGUCUACCACAUGGCCUUCUCGUUGUACGGAGGCGGGUAUUACAGUGUUGAGGCUUGGAGGAGCUUCAAGCGGACCCGGCAGUACGGAACUACCGUCGCGGCAAUCGAAAUGGUCGACCCCGAAGCCCAGCAACUACGCUCCGAUGAUAGUAGUGACAGUCAGCCUAAGAACAAGCCUCGCGGUUUUGUGGACGGUUGCUUGGCUAGAAUUCGUUCGUGGAGAAACAUAUCCGCAGACAACGAUCCGGACAUGACUGUACCUUUGAAAGUGGUCGCGCCGACGACCAUCGUUUGCGCUUUGUAUGUGUUUUGUCGUGGGUACUUUUACAUUGAGGAUUUUGUUUCACUUCGAGAACAGCCACGGGGGAUUUACAUCACAGGAAACAAAUUCCUGCCUUUGAUUGCCAAUCCUUGA